ACUGAAUUGAUCGAUCUUUGAAAAAGAAAACUGAAUUGAUCGAUCACAUGCACUGAACCAAUUAAAAAAUAAAAAAUCAGCAGUAUAUUUUUGUCUCUUCUUUCUACAACACUGUCUUCCGCCGUCUUAUUUGCAAAGUAGAACAAGCCUUUCACAAAAAACGUCACCACAAACGUCACCUUUUCAAUGCCAACGUCCUCUGUUUAAGCCUCACUUGUCUUCAUGCAUGUGCCAUAUUAUAGCCAUUCAUUAAUCCAAUAGCUGCUGCUACCACAAUUGCUGCUGCUACGUGCUAGUGCUCUUCAAUCUCACUCUCCAGUCUCAGCCGCAGUACGCCCCCCGCACAGCCACUUCAGCCGAAACACCACUGUCAUGAUGCAACCCCACUUUCUUCUAGUAACCUUUCCGGCGCAAGGCCACAUAAACCCAGCUCUCCAAUUCGCUAAGUGUUUAAUUCGAAUCGGUGUUCAUGUUACUCUUGCUACUUGUCUAUCUGCGACACGCCGCAUGGCUAAAACCUCAUUCCCUGACGGCUUGUCGUUAGCCACCUUUUCUGAUGGUUACGACGAUGGAUUCAAGUUCGGUCACGAUGACCAUAACAACUACGCGUCAGAGAUCAAGCGUCGCGGCUCACAAACUCUCAGUGAUAUGAUCGUGGCUAAGGAGAAUGAAGGCAAGCCAUUUACCUGCGUAGUCUACACAUUACUGCUUCCAUGGGCAGCUGAGGUGGCGCGUGCACAUCACCUUCCGUCUACACUUCUUUGGAUUCAGCCUUCAACGGUUCUUAGCGUCUUUUACUAUUACUUCAAUGGUUAUGGAGAUUUGUUUAGCAACUGCAGAGACCCCACUUACGUAGUCCAGUUACCAGGAAAGCUUCCACCGUUCACUGGCCGUGAACUUCCCUCCUUUUUAGUUCCCUCAAACCUUUAUACUUUUGCACUCGCUUCGUUUAAGGAGCAACUAGAGACGCUUAGCGAAGAAAGCAACCCAAAAAUACUCGUUAACACAUUUGAUGCAUUAGAACCCGAAGCCUUGAAAGCCAUUGAGAAGUUCAAUAUGAUAGGAAUUGGGCCACUACUUCCUUCCGCAUUUCUUGAUGGCAAAGAUCCGUCGGAUACUGCCUUUGGAGCUGAUUUUUUCCAAAGUUCAAAGGGUUACAAAGAAUGGCUGAACUCAAAACCAAAAUCAUCAGUAAUCUAUGUAUCGUUUGGGAGCAUUUGUGUCUUAUCUAAGCAACAAAUGGAAGAAAUUGCUUGUGGAUUACUGAAUAGCUCUCGUCCAUUCCUGUGGGUGCUAAGGGAAGAACCACUUGUGGAUGGGACUAAUGAAGAAAAUCAACUGAGUUGCAGAGAAGAAUUGGAAGAGAAAGGGAUGAUAGUUCCAUGGUGUUCUCAAGUGGAGGUUUUGUCUCAUCCAUCAUUAGGAUGUUUCGUGACUCAUUGUGGGUGGAACUCAACUUUAGAGGGCUUAGUUUCCGGCGUUCCGAUGGUGGCAUUUCCACAGUGGACUGAUCAAGGAACAAACGCAAAGUUGAUAGAAGAUGAAUGGCAAACAGGGGUGAGAGUGGUACCCAACGAAGAAGGGAUAGUCGUAGGUGAGGAGAUGGUGAGGUGCUUGGAGUUGGUCAUGGGAGAUGGAAAGAAUGCAGAAGAGAAAAGAAACAAUUCCAAGAAAUGGAAGAAUUUAGCAAUAGAAGCAGUGAAAGAAGGUGGCUCUUCAGAAAAGAAUCUUAGGGCUUUCGUGGAUGAGAUUAUUGGAGGAUGUUGUUCAUAAAUCAAGAUGAAACAAGGGCGGGUGAUGUGCGAAAAUUCUUGCCUCAUCUAUAAUUUCGUGUGAUAUAAUCUAUUAUGUUUGAAAUUUGGACUACGUUUUGAAAUUGUACUCUACUAGUCACAUUAAUAAAUUUCAAAGUUGAGACUUUA